GUCAACCUUUUGGACCCAUCCUACAUAAUUCCUAAUAGGAAGGCCUUGAGGACAAUGGUGGAGGAGAAGUACAAAGCCAAAAAGGAGAAGGCUUUAGAUGUGGUUAGCAGGGCCUCUGCUGUCAGCCUUACAGCAGAUAUGUGGACAUCCAUUAACAUGGACGCUUACUUGGCUGUAACAUGCCAUUUUAUCACCGAGGAGGUGGAGCUGGCCUCUGUGGUCUUGGGGGUUCUGAAGUUUCCCCAAACCCACACUGCAGCUCACUUGGCUGAGGCCAAAAAUCUUCUCAUGGAAGAAUGGGGAAUUAAAGGGAAGGUGACAGGCCUGGUUACAGACUGUGCUCCCAACAUGGUUGCAUGUGCUAAUAUAUUACUGCUUCGGCACAUAAUGUGUUUUGCACAUAUGCUUAAUUUGGUGGUGAAAAAGUCCCUUGCCCAAACCCCUGAACUAGAGGACAUCCGAAGUAAGGGGCGUAGGAUUGUCGGUCUUUUUAAAUCCAGCACCACAGCGAAGGAGAAGCUGUCAGAGAUGCAGCGACAGCUGGCCAGGCCAGAGCACAAAUUAAUACAAGAGGUGGAAACAAGAUGGAACAGCACAUUUAAUAUGUUGGAAAGGCUGUUCAAGGAGAGAGAGCCACUGGGGGCAGCUCUGGCCACCCUCCAUACAGACCUUCCUCCACUCACCUCAGAGGACUACCAGGCCAUACACCACUGCUUGAGCGUUCUUUCACCAUUUCAAGAGGCCACAGUUGAGCUUUCGACAGAAAAACGAGUGUCAGCAUCCAAAGUCAUUCCCAUGGUCAAAAUGCUGAAACAUUACAUCUCAAGCAGGUGUGGUCAGAUCACACACCCACUUGGUGAAAAACUGGCCACUAACUUGAAGAACAAUCUCCAUGAGAGGUUUUCAGCUCUGGAGGUCACUGCUCUGUCAAUGGCAACCUUGUUGGACCCAAGGUUUAAAGAGCUGGGGUUCUGCAGCCAAGGCUCUGCCCACACGGCCAUAGAGCGACUCACUAAAGAGUGUGCUGCAACAAUGCAGGCGCUACUUCCAGAGGCACAGCCACAGUCGACACCUAGAGAAGGUCCUUCAAGUCAGCAGGAAGAUGGUGGUCUCUGGGCCCUGCUGGACAGGCAUGUGGGGGUUCAACAGCAGGUGACCAGCACAACUGCCAGUGCAACAGUGGAGGUUCAGAGGUACUUAAAGGAACCUCACAUCCCAAGGACUCAGGACCCACUGAGAUACUGGGUUACCCACAAGGUUUUAUACCCACAUCUCUACAAGCUGGCAAUGAAGUUUUAUGCACACCAGCUUCAUCUGUGCCUUGUGAGAGGAUCUUCUCCAAGGCUGGCGAAAUCGUCAGCCAAAGACGAAACAGGCUGAAGCCCAGCACAGUGCAGAAAAUUCUGUUUUUAAAUAAAAAUCUAUAACAUGUAUUCCACCCAGUCAUGUUAGACCCUGGUUCACAAUCACUCAUUCACACUUUAUACAUGGCAUUCACAAUGUAACACAAGCACUUCUCACAAAUCUUCAAACAUUGUCUUUGUUUUAUUUCCACACUGAAGUGUUACAAGGGCAAGGAACUUAGUGGAGUAGAUGAUAUACGGCCUGUCUGCCACCAGAUGCCGCUGUUCUGUGUGGUUUCGAAGCCCCAAAUGCUUCGUUCAUUUUUCUGGCACUUUUACACGAAGCCCCAUGAGAGCUUCAUGGGGCUUCGAUUCCCAUCCCUAAGAAAAAGUUAGUUUUCCCUGGGACAAACACGUGUUUACAAACCCUUUUGUUACCUCUCAUGCCCCAGGGUUAGAACUCAUGCCACCACCUGUUAAUAUAAAUAGAAUUUAAAAUAUUGCAAAUUCAAAUGCUUAAAAACGUUACUAAAAGGACUCAAAUGAUUAAAAGCUUUAGUAAAAAAA